UAGUGUAUCUGGUGUGGGUGUGUGUAGAUAUCAAAGUCUCCUCUCAAACGGUGGUGUCUGUUUAUUAGUAUGGGAAAGGCUGUGGCAAUGAAGUAUUUGCGGGACUGAAGCAAAACUAGUUAGUUGUGACAUCACUUGGAAUUCAGUAAAUUCAAAUGUGAUUAUGGCAUUUUGGGAACACCAAACUGCAGGGAGGCGCAAAGGAGACGAAUUUUGAAGACACCCUGAACUUGAGGUGCAACUUUCUUUCAAGAAGUCCGCCUGCAGUCGCAUAGUAACUAAGGCAACUGAGACAUACACGUAUAACAAAAGUUUGAAGACACACCAUGGCAAAGUCACAUUUUGUACUUUUUGUGCUGGUCAUAGUAGUUACGGAGCCUCUUAAUUUUGUCUGUGGUCAGAAGAAUGAUCAAAACCCAGCGUCUCACGAUUCCCCUGGAGUUGCAACUCCGACUCAAAAAUCUGCAAUUGUCAAGAACGGACCAACGUCAAAUCUCUCCGUUCCGCGCCUCAUGAGACCCGGUCGACCCAGACCGCUCCCGCCCAUGUGUUCGGGACCUACUGAGAUCAGGGACACGUUUAAAUAUAUCAACACCGUUGUGUCUUGUCUUGUUUUCGUGACUGGGAUAAUUGGAAACUCGACGCUGCUAAGAAUAAUCUACAAAAACAAAUGCAUGAGGAACGGACCCAACAUUCUCAUCGCGAGUCUUGCGCUGGGAGACCUCCUGCACAUAGUGAUCGAUAUACCGAUCAACGUGUACAAGCUCCUGGCAGAGGACUGGCCAUUUGGCGUCGGACUCUGUAAAUUGGUGCCAUUCAUUCAGAAAGCAUCUGUUGGGAUUACAGUGUUGAGUCUGUGUGCACUGAGUAUCGACAGGUAUCGAGCAGUUGCAUCCUGGAACCGCAUCAAAGGAAUUGGUGUUUCCAAGUGGACAGCAAUAGAAAUCACUUUGAUAUGGGUUGUAUCCAUUAUCCUUGCAGUGCCUGAAGCCAUUGCUUUUGAUAUGAUAGCAAUGGAUUAUAAAGGAGAACAUCUGAGAAUAUGCCUGCUCCACCCUAUGCAGAAGACCCAGUUCAUGCAGUUUUACAAGUCAGCAAAGGACUGGUGGCUGUUCAGCUUCUACUUCUGCAUGCCUCUGCUCUGCACGGCCAUCUUCUAUUCACUCAUGAGCUGUGAGAUGCUGCGGAAGAACAGCAAUGUGCAGAUCGCUUUGAAUGACCACCUGAAACAGAGGCGCGAGGUGGCCAAGACAGUGUUCUGUCUGGUGUUCGUGUUCGCCCUCUGUUGGCUGCCACUGCACCUGAGCAGAAUCUUGAAAUUAACCAUUUAUGACGAAAAGGACCCUAAUAGGUGUGAGCUUCUGAGCUUUUUCCUGGUUCUGGACUACAUUGGCAUCAACAUGGCCUCCGUGAACUCCUGCAUCAACCCCAUUGCUCUGUACAUGGUCAGCCGGAGGUUCAAGAACUGCUUCAGAUCAUGUCUGUGCUGCUGGUGCACGUCUUCAGAGAUGCUGGCUCUGGAUGAGAAGCAGUCCUGUCUGAGGUCAAAGGUCAACGAGCAAGGCUCAGAGCAGAGCAACUCCAGAGCUUCCAAUAAGUAUAUGUCUGCCUGAAGGGGGCGCUAGAACCUCCACCGCAGUGCGGCUGUCAGUGCCUCCUCCCCCACAAGUGUCAAAACAUCAUCUCACCACAUGAGCUCAUGCAUUUAUGCAGAACGAACUGUCUCCUGUAGCAGGAGGGGGUGGAGAGAUGAAAUGACAAGCAUAGAGGUAUCUGAUGAAAUAUGAGCAGUGCCUUUUACAUGUACUGUUAUGGGGUUUGUGAGUCAUUGACCAUCCAUGAUACGUUUACAUGUUUUUCACUGCACAUACGCUAAUGCAUAUGCACUCAGCACACAGACUCUCUAAUUUCUCUUGGUGAACGAAAUUUAGGAGAUCAGCAUUUUCAAUGCUGAAUUCAUGGCACAACUCCUUCCACUGAGUGUGGUAGACAGUUUUUCCUGAUUGACUCAGAGAGUAUCACACUACAAAUGGGAAAAAUAUCCACUGAUUGUUCAGUACAAUUGAGAGAUGAAAAGGAACACUUUUCACUGUAAUGUUUGUGCAAAUUAUUGAAGAGGCUUUUGUAGAAUAUCUUAACCAAAGUAAUGCAAAUAACCUCAAAGUUCCAGGGGUUUAACAUGAGUUAUAACAGUUGCGGGUGGCAAGCUGAUGUGCAUAAAAAUAUUUUAGAUGGGUUUUCUGAAUGUUCACAGUUAGUUGAACAGAGGCACCACUAUAAAAAUGAAUUAUCAGUUAUAUUGCUUUAAUUAUGUA